AUGUAUAAUGCUGGCCAGCGUCGUCUUCGUAUCCCCAUCUUCCAUCACCAUGGCGCCGACACUGGUACCGUCAUGGACUCGUCCUCAGGCAACCUCUCCACUCAAAACCGUCAGAACCUCGCCAAUCUCCUCGCGGCCAUCAAGGUUGCCGGCUUCCAAGAGGUUGAGAUCGGAUUCUUCCCCAUGGAUGACAACAGUCCCAUGAGCUGGGAUGCCUGGAACGAGGACAGAUACCAAGAGAACUGGAACUUCAUCUGGAACCUCCGUCCAUUGAUCGCCGCCGCCAACAUCCCCUACCGCAUAGACCUGUCCAACGAGGCCAUGCCCAUGUCCACCGACUCGCAGCCCCUCAAGGACUACUGCAAGAAGCUCUGGAGCGACUACACCUGGAACUUUGGCAAGAAUGACACUGUCGGCUUCUCAAUGACCGUGUGGAUCGCCGACCGUGUCUCCCAAGUGCCCGUGGUCUACAGUGGCAACCCACCAAACACAUUCGAGUUCCAUCUCUACCGUGACAGCUGGAAUGGAAAUGAGUACAAAUGGUUGGUGGAUGGCUUCAACAAGAUGAAGUCAAUGGGACUCAAUCAGCCAAUCAUCAUUGGAGAGACCUUCUACAAUGAUGCCACUGCCGCUGGAAACAUUCGUCGUGCCAUCACCGACACUGGAGUCAACAUCACACAUGUCACUCAAUGGGCAUUGACCUCAUCCAAGAAGUGUGGCGACAUUGAUGUUGCUCCACCAUCAGCCUACAACAACUUUAUCGCCAAAGGUUUCUAA